UCCUAGAUUGCACCCCCAGCAUGACACAUGACACCACUCAAUGGUUUUUAGUGUCCAGUAAAGCAGCCAAGACCCUCCGAAUCCUAGAGACAGGCACGUCCUUCAAGAGCAACGUGCUGGAUAUGGAACUGCCCAGGUUGACAAGAGCCCUGAGGGAGUUUGGAGGGGUCAGCCCUCGACUCUCCAGGGAGCCGGUGGAGCUGGAUGAGGCAGUACUGCUCAAGAAGAGAGAGAAGACGAGAAAAGGGAGCGAAGAUGAUCGGAACUCCUGGGGCAAGAUGUCCGAGGAUGUGGUGACACAGUGCGGCAAGCACAACUCAGUCAAGGUUCAAGCUGAGCUCAGGAUCCUACAGCAAGCAUCAAGGGAAAUUGUGAGUAGUGAUGUAUCCCAGGAGACGGUGGACUCUACAGCUGCCUUCCUUUUCAACCUGUUCAUCGGGGAGCCACAACUCACUCGAGCAAACGCUGAGGAGAUAAGGAGAACUCUUGGACCAUUCCCGGCAUCAGCUGCCACCAAAGCGUCCACCACAGUCAAAAAUAUACUCACUUACCUACCUAAAGAUUCACCAUUCACUAGUUCUUCACAAGAAACCUCAUCGACUUCAGACAAACAAAUUCAGAUGAAAAAGAAAGAAUUUGGACACAAUAUUUCCUUUAAGUUUGACACGGAAACGUCAUUAGUAACGGGGGAUGGUGACCAUGUCAAGUCCAAGCUCUCCAACCAAACUGGUUAUGACUCCCUCUCUGAGGAUGAAUCAACUGUUGUCGCCAACGGUGAUACUAAUAUAUUCACGCAGACAAUACUGAGUGGAAUGCAGCAGACAAUCAGAAAACCAGACAAAAAGAAGGCAGUUACAAAAAAGCAACCAGUGGUCGAGUCACGCUCUACCCCAGUCCUCCCAUACAGUGGGGAGUGGCUGAAGGCACAGUGCAAGGAAGUGGUGAGGGGUGGCCAUAUGCAGCUGUCUGGACAGGAACUCUAUUUGGCUAUAUUCGAACAACUCAGUUCUGGCCAAGAGAAUGAAGCCAUUGAGAAUGACCUGGUGGAGUUGCUGGGGUUCUCUGAGCUGGAGCUGAUUCAAGAGCUGCUUGCUCAUCGUGCCCAGCUGGUGGAUGCAGUGCUGCAGGAUGGCUCUAGUCUACUGCCCUCAGUGCCUCUCUCCAAGUCCAAGAGCACACCAUCAGCCGGCCCUCUCCUUGCGAGUGGUCAGAGUGCACGCCCAGCGUACGGCAGUCAAGUGGUGAUCCAGUCAGAGCAUGAGAAACAGCUCAAGAAGUUCUUCCGUAAAGAAGAGAAGCGAAUGGCCAAACAAGUGAAGGAGAUCCCAACGACUGAGGACCAUAUCACCCAACUGAGGAGGCGGGGCUACGACCCUGUGGAGAUGAGGAAGGAAAGAGAGCGUGCUCUUGAGGAAGCUGCCAACAGGCCGAUAUUCUCAGGCUCCUCCCACCAGCGUACCUUUGACCCCAAUGAGCUCUACCCUCAUGUAUAUGACUCCCUCGCUAAGGCCAAGCUUACAUCAGCCUUCCUUGCAGGAGCAAAGGUUGCCAUACCUGAGGAUGCCAAGCGAACCAGCGACAGACUGAUGGAGGAGAUUCUCAUCCCCCACACCUCUGUCAUACCCCCUACUGUCGGGGACGAGAAGAUCAGGGUUGACCAGCUGGACCAACUUGCUCAACUGGUUUUCAAAGGCACCAAAACUCUGAACAAGAUCCAGACUGUCGUGUUUGACUCUGCGUACUAUACCAAUGAGAAUCUGCUGAUCUCAGCACCAACUGGAGCAGGAAAGACUAACAUCGCCAUGUUGACUGUCCUUCAUGAGAUAAAGAAGAAUAUCGAUGAGUCUGGUGUAAUUCAGAGGAACAGUUUCAAGAUCAUCUACGUGGCACCCAUGAAGGCAUUGGCUGCUGAGAUGGUACGUAACUUUGGUCGUCGGCUGGCCCCACUGGGCGUGGCAGUGAGAGAAUUGACCGGAGACAUGCAGCUCACCAAGUACGAGAUUCAAAACACUCAGAUGAUAGUGACCACUCCUGAGAAGUGGGACGUGGUGACUCGUAAAUCCACUGGUGACGUGCAGCUGGCACAGAUAGUGCGCCUGCUCAUCAUUGACGAGGUCCAUCUCCUCCAUGAGGAUCGGGGUGCCGUCAUCGAGAGCCUCGUGGCCAGGACACUGCGACAGGUUGAGUCGAGUCAGAGGAUGAUCAGGAUAGUGGGGCUCUCGGCUACCCUCCCCAACUACCUGGACGUGGCUCAUUUCCUCAGGGUCAAUUUUUACAAAGGUCUCUUCUUCUUUGACGGGCGGUUUCGUCCUGUGCCACUCUCGCAGACGUUUAUUGGGAUCAAGGCGACCAAUCACCUGCAGCGGCUCAGAGAUAUGGACGAGGUCUGCUAUGACAAGGCCCUGGUCAACAUCAAGAAUGGCUAUCAAGUGAUGGUGUUUGUCCACUCUCGUAACGGUACGCUAAAAACUGCCACUGCCCUGAGGGACCUGGCCGCAUCUAAAGGGGAACUCCCCCUCUUCCAGCCUGAGCAGAACCCCAAGCUAGGACUGGCACAGAAACAGGUGGACAAGUCUCGGAACAAGCCCCUUCGUGAUCUGUUUGGGGAUGGCUUCAGCGUCCAUCACGCGGGUAUGCUGAGACAAGACAGGACUCUAGUGGAGAGACUGUUCUCUGAGGGGUUUAUCAAGGUUCUGGUGUGCACGGCAACGCUGGCCUGGGGUAUCAAUCUACCAGCUCAUGCAGUCAUCAUCAAGGGCACACAGAUCUACAAUGCCAAGAAAGGCGCUUUUGUUGACCUGGGCAUCCUGGAUGUGUUGCAGAUAUUUGGACGAGCUGGUAGACCACAGUUUGACAAGUUUGGGGAGGGUACGAUCAUCACGAGUCACGACAAACUCUCUCACUACCUUUCUCUGCUCACCCGUCAACAGCCGAUAGAGAGUCAGUUUGUGGCUAGUCUCACGGACAACCUUAACGCUGAGAUUGCACUUGGUAGUGUGAGCAACAUUGAGGAGGCUGUUCAGUGGCUGCGCUACACCUUCUUGUUUGUGAGGAUGAAGCUCAACCCUCUCAUCUAUGGCAUCUCUAACAAGGCUAGGGAGACGGACCCCAACCUUGAGGAGCACCAACGUACGCUGAUCACAACAGCUGCUGAAAAGUUGGACAAGGCCAAGAUGAUUCGUUUCGUCCAGCACACGGGUAACCUCCACUCUACAGACCUCGGCCGCACCGCCUCCCACUAUUACAUCAAGUACGCUAGCAUGGAGAUCUUCAACGAGCUAUUGAAGCCAUACAUGAAUGAGGGACAAGCGCUCGCCAUGGUCUCCAAAUCAGAGGAGUUUGAGCAAGUCAAGGUGAGGGAGGACGAGAUAUCGGAGCUUGAGAUCCACCAAUCAGUGUGCCGACUGCCAGUGCAAGGAGGGGUCGAGAACUCGUACGGAAAGGUCAACAUCUUGCUGCAAACAUACAUAUCUCGUGGGGGGGUCGACAGCUUCUCACUGACCUCUGACCUUUCCUAUGUGGCACAGAACUCUGGCAGGAUACUCCGAGGUUUGUUUGAGAUAGUGCUACGCAAGGGCCUCCCUGUCAUGGCGUCUCGACUGCUCACACUCUGUAAGUCUGUGGAGCAUCAGCAGUGGGCCUUUGAGCAUCCCCUCAAGCAGUUCAAGGAACGUCUCUCUCACGAGAUCAUCACCAAACUGGAGGAUAAGAGGGUCUCUCUCAGUCGACUCAAGGACAUGACCCACGAGGAAAUCGGUCACAUGAUACGUCAUGUGAGGAUGGGACGUGUUGUAGAGACCCUUGUUAGGGGAUUCCCCUCUUUGUUGCUCACGGCCACCAUACAGCCAAUCACACGGACGGUACUCAAAGUGCGAUUGACCAUCCUCCCUGAUUUCGAGUGGAGUGACAAACUUCACGGCAUGACCUCUGACCCCUGGUGGAUCUGGGUGGAGGACCCAGAGAACAACCAGAUGUACCACUCGGAGUACUUCAUGUUACAACGGAAGCAGGUGUUGGCCAAGGAGCCCCAGGACCUCGUGUUCACCAUCCCGAUAUUUGAGCCCCUCCCCCCUCAGUAUUAUGUGCGUGCAGUCUCGGAUCGCUGGUUAAUGGCCGAAUCUGUUGUCGCUAUAUCAUUCCAACACCUCAUCUUACCGGAGCUCCACCCACCACACACGAAGCUACUCGAUCUCCACCCACUUCCUGUGUCCGCACUCAAGAACCCCGCCUACGAGUCACUAUUUAAUUUCAAGUAUUUCAACCCUGUGCAAACACAGGUGUUCCAUACUCUGUACCACUCGGAUACCAGCGUGUUGCUAGGCGCCCCUACUGGCAGUGGGAAGACUGUAGCCGCUGAGCUGGCAAUAUUCAGAGUGUUCAAUGAGUACCCUGGGGGCAAGGCUGUGUACAUUGCCCCCCUCAAAGCGCUGGUGCGUGAGAGGGUGGCCGACUGGAGGAAGAAGCUCGAGGGAGCUCUGGGGAAGACGGUGGUGGAGCUAACAGGAGAUACCUCCCCUGACAUCCGCGCUGUGGAGAGGGCAGAUGUCAUAGUUACCACACCUGAGAAGUGGGACGGCAUCAGUCGCAGCUGGCAAAAUAGGUCAUAUGUACAAGCGAUGCGUGUGCUGAUAAUUGAUGAGAUUCAUCUCCUUGGCGAUGAGAGGGGACCUGUCCUGGAGGUGAUUGUUUCUCGUACCAACUUCAUAGCGUCUCACACCGGCCAGGCUGUGAGAGUGGUGGGCCUCUCCACCGCUCUAGCCAACGCUAAGGACCUCGCUGAUUGGCUGUGCAUCAAACAGGGCGGUCUGUUCAACUUCCACCCAGCAGUGAGGCCCGUUCAGUUGGAGGUUCACAUCGAUGGCUUCCCUGGGAAGCACUACUGCCCUAGAAUGGCUACCAUGAACAAGCCUUCGUACACCGCCAUUAAGACUUAUUCUCCCGACAAACCUGUUUUGAUAUUUGUCUCCUCGCGUCGUCAAACCAGACUGACGGCUUUUGAUCUUGUAACGUACGUGGCCGCUGAGGACGACACCAAACAAUGGCUGCACAUACCGGACCAACAGUUGGAUCCCCUGCUGGAGGGAGUCCGUGACACCAACCUCAAGUUCAGUCUGGCAUUUGGAGUGGGACUGCAUCACGCUGGUCUGCACGAGAAAGACAGAAACCUUGUCGAAGAAUUAUUUGUCAACCAGAAAAUACAGAUCUUGAUAGCCACCAGCACUCUUGCCUGGGGUGUCAACUUCCCCGCUCAUCUGGUAGUCGUCAAGGGAACAGAGUACUUUGACGGCAAGUUGCAGCGUUAUGUGGACUACCCAAUCACAGACGUGCUUCAGAUGAUGGGGAGAGCGGGGCGACCACAGUAUGAUGACAGGGGUGUGGCAGUUAUCCUCGUACAUGACAUCAAGAAACACUUUUAUAAGAAGUUUCUCUACGAGCCGUUUCCAGUGGAGUCAAAUCUGCUGGCCGUCCUGUCUGACCAUCUCAAUGCUGAGAUAGUGGCAGGCACCAUUACCUCCAAACAAGACGCCAUGGACUAUGUCACCUGGACCUACUUCUUCCGUCGACUCCUCAUGAACCCCUCCUUCUAUCAGCUGGAGGACACGGCUAAGGGCUCUGUCAACACCUUCCUCUCUGGCGUAGUGGCCAGGGCUCUGACAGCCCUCGAGAGCUCUUACUGCAUUCAGGUGGAAGAGGAUGAUAGAACAAUCCAGUCGCUCACUCUCGGCUGCAUAGCUUCCUUCUACUACCUCCACCACACCACCGUGCGGUUGUUCAGAGAAAAGCUCUACGCUCACUCCACUUUCCAGGACCUGCUGCAGCUGCUCUGUGAUGCCUCGGAGUAUAAUGAGCUGCCAGUGAGACAUAAUGAGGAUGUGAUGAAUACCGCGUUGGCCAAAAAGCUGCCCCUACCAGUCUCACCCCCUGACAGCUACGAUAGUCCACACUCUAAGGCUCAUCUCCUACUGCAAGCUCACUUCAGUCACAGCGACCUGCCAAUAGCAGACUACCAGACAGACACAAAGUCCGUAUUAGACCAGGCCCUCAGGAUAUUACAGGCCCUGGUGGACAUUUCUGCUAAUGAGGGUUGGUUGUCAACCACUCUCAAGUUGAUGCACAUAGUACAGAUGUGUGUACAAGGGAGGUGGGUCUCUGACCCCUCCCUCCUCAUACUCCCCCACCUAGACCACACCCACAUUGAGCUGCUCAACAAGAAGCUGACCAAGGGGGCAGGUGUCACUGAGCUCACCUCCCUCCCCGAGUUGAUGACUGUGAUGGAGAGACAGAGAGGGUUCUUACUGUCAUCUCUUGUGGACACUCGUGCUCUCACCAGAGAGCAAGUAACCAAGAUCCAGGAAGUGAUUCAGAGACUCCCGAUUGUUGUCCUCUCCCACAAGCUUAGUGUUGGGAAGAAGGAUCUGGGGCAUGCUAAGCGCGGCUCCUCCACUGUUGGCCAGACCGUGAGAGAGAGACAAUGGACGGACGUACCAGCUGGAGAGGAGUGUGCUAUUCACUUGGAUCUGACUCAGCGUUGUCUGGCUAGAAAGAGGGAUAAUUCAAGGGCCUAUGCUCCGAGGUUCCCGAAGACCAAGGAUGAGGGAUGGUGGCUGGUCCUGGGGGAGGUGGACAGUGGGGAGCUGCUGGCUUUGAAGAGGAUCGGCCGCAUCAGAGGGAGAACUCAAAGCUCUCUGGCAUUCCCUGCCCCGGAUGAACCCUCUAGGAAGAUACUAACACUUUAUUUGAUGAGCGACUGUUAUUUAGGCCUAGACCAACAAUUUGAUUUAUCUCUGAAUUUUGUAAUCACUGGAACAAAUGAAAAUUGAUGUUUCCAUAUAUAAUUCAUGUAAAAUAAUAAUUUAAAAACAAAAUUGAAACAAGCG